AUCAAGCACCUAGGCAUGCAGACUGCUUCUACAAUCGUUUGUGAAAGAAUGGGUCGCUCUCUGGAGCUCAGUGAAUUCAAACAUGGUACCAUGAUAGGUGGUCAACUGUGCAAUAAGUCCAUCUGUGAAAUUUCCUUGCUACUAAAUAUUCCACGGUCAACUGUUAGUGGUAUUAUAACAAAAUAGAAGCAACUGGGAACAGCAGCAACUCAGCCACGAAUUGGUAGGCCAUGUAUAAUGACAGAGCAGGGGUCAGUGCAUGCUGAAGCGCACAGUACGUAGAAGUCGCCAACUGUCUGCAGACUCCAUAGCUAAAGACCUCCAAACUUCAUGUGGCCUUCAGGUUAGCACAACAGUGUGUAGAGAGCUUCAUGGAAUGGGUUUCCAUGGCCAAGAAGCUGCAUCCAAGCCUUACAUCACCAAGUGCAAUGCAAAGCGUUGGAUGCAGUGG